CUUCCGGUCGGUGGCCCUGGAGAUGGAGAGUGAAGGUUGAGUUCGCUGAUCAAUGCAACCUGAUGACAUGGAAUGUCGGAGGGUCGCAGUGGGUGUAAUGUGACUCAAAAUAGUCAGGUUAUUUAUUUUUACAUUGUAUAACAUUUCUGUGAGGUACACAGCAACGCUGACUGAAGAUGGCUGGAAGAUGCUACGGCUGUGCGUCCAAAUUCACUCUCCUGAGGAAAGAGCUUGGGUGCAAGAACUGCGGCCAUGCGUAUUGUUCAUCGUGUCUCAGCUAUAUCACCUUGGUCCCUCGCUGUGGAAAUACACAACAAAAGGUCUGCAGACAGUGCCAUGGAACCCUCACAAGCUCUGGGAAACAGGACAGUGCUGCAAGGUGGUCUCCACCAGGGAACUACAAAAAGCGAGUGGCUGCUUUAGAGGCUAAACAGCAGGAACAAACUUCAGCCCACAAAGCAGGCAGUCAGGCACCAAGCAUGGCCUCAAAGUACCAAGGUCUGUCCAAAGAAGACCAAGCCAUUGCUGAACGACUGGAGAAGCUAAAGGAAGAAACCAAACCGAAAUCUAUAUCAUCUCAGCAGGCGAUUGAAUUGCGACUAGCAGCACUGAAGAAGGAAGCCCUGCGACCCAUACCCUCCACGAUAGAGAUGGAGGACAGGCUAGCCCUGUUAAAGGGCCAGACACCACCUUCACAGGCCCCCAAACCUUAUUAUCAGGUUGUUGAUAACAGGACUCAAACAGAACAAGUCAAUGACCUCUUCAAACAAAUUUCAGAAGAAGCAGCGAUUGACCAAAAGUACAGCUCUGGCAUUGAAGAUGGUGCAAUGAAUGACCUGAAUAAAGGAAUCGAUCCACGUAAUUUCAAUAGUGACACUAAUGAUAACAUCAAACGUUUGGAGGAGGAGAAGAAAAGUAAUCUGCUGGACCAGGCAACAGCUGAGUUGAAGGAGGACAAUUUACAUAAGGAGCAAGUCUUAAAGAUAUCGAAGAGACUGGCCACAUUGAAAGGAGAGGACCCCAAUGCUGUAGCUGUGGAUGACUGGAAAUAUGCUGAGCUGGACAGCGAUGAAGAAAAUGAAGAGCUGCUCACCCAGCGAAUUCUGAAACAGGUUAAUGAAGAAAUUGCCCUAGAUGAAGCAAGUGGCUACAACAUCCCUGUACAGAAACCUAAAUCAGCCCAGCCCACACCUGCCAGGAAGAAGUUGCGUUCCCCACCAUUUGAUGAGGAAGCAGACAGUGAUGAGGAGCUACCUUGGUGCUGUAUCUGCAAUAAUGAUGCUGUACUUCGUUGCCGUGACUGUGAUGGAGAUCUCUACUGCCAGAGAUGCUUUAGAGAUAGAAGGCCAAUUUGAAUGAUUAGAAGGUGCCAAGCCAUUAACGCUAACACUAAACUUGGAAGGGAAGGACAUGACAAAUUUGAGAGAAAAGAGCACAGAACAUCCAAGUACCGUCCACCAAACAAGAAGAAAUAAGAUACAACAGCUCAUAUUCCCUGGAAUCCCCCAAAAGUCAGACACUAAGGAAGUUUAUCAUUGCUUCAGCAUUUGCACACCUCAUUCAGUUAACACUGGGCAAAAACAAAGUGCAAUAGAGGGUGCCAUAAUACUCUUCGCUAAUUGGUGCACACAAGUGAUGCUAGAUGCAUUGCUGUGCCAGCAUCUCACUGAGAAGCAUCCAGAGUUAUCUUUUUGCUAUGUGGUCUUGGAUGUCUGCAGUGCUGCAACAGUUCUUUGUGGAUCUUGUUAUUCAUUGCUUAAGGUGACUUAAAUUUAACUUAAAAAUAAAAGGGUUGCAAGCAGUGAUUUAAAUUAGAAUCUACUGCAAUCAAUUGUUGAAUAAUAGGGUGAUUGUAUUUUGUUAUAACUUAAAAUAUUUCAAUGUGUUUAAUCUACUGGAAUGAAUAACAUAAUGAUUGCUGAAGAAGGGCAAACCUUAACAAUAUACUUAUAUUUUGUUAAUGGAAAUGGAUUGCAACUAUGUUUUUUGGAAGCUGUAAUCAUUUUUUAAUCCUUAGUCGUCACCUCACUGUGGGGGAACCAUCUGUUCUCCGGUUCUAUGAACGCCAAGUUCGCCACCAAUUAUCAGAAGAAAUGCGAAAGUAAGCCUAGUACGAGCCUCUCAUUUUUACUUCCUGUCCUGCUUCUGGGAAUGUACUUGGAUCCUAUUUGAUACCAUCCCCCAGCCCCAGCAGUCCAGUGUAGAACCUCAGCAAAUUGGCCAAUCCAGCCUCGAUCAUGCCACCUAAUGGAGCUGCCUGUCACCCUUACUGAACUCCACUCCUGAAUGUUGUCUGAUUCUGGAGCUGCUCAGAGGCGCCAUUUUUCUGAUACCAAAUGUACCUUGUGACAUAUUUAUGUUAUUUAUUUACCAUCGAAGAAAGGUGUUCCCAGUAAAAAUAAAUUUUUAAAAAUUA